ACCUUGUACCUGAACGUAACUUCUUCGUGGUUGAUCUAAAACUUUACUAACCCCAGACCCUUACUGCGCACGCGUUGUUGUUCUUAAUUACUCACCGAGACAGUAGCUAUGUGAAGUUAAUCCUUACCUCCACACUGUUACGCACAACAAAUCUCUACGUGAGUAAAUCAUUGGUGUUGCAUUUGAAGAGUCCUGGUAAGAUAUCAGCUCAGUCUCUGUCUCUCUCGGUUGAUUGCAAAACUGCAUCCAAUCAUAAAACAGCUUAACGCUGUCACGCGCGUGGUGUAGGCGCGUGCACGAGCAUGCCUUGUAGAGGACCGCUAUGUGAGAGGUGGGCUGACCUGUGUGACUCGCUGUUGGACUCAAGUCACUUUUUACUGCCACCUUCGAGUAACAAUGUCGCAUGCUGGUGCACAGAAGAGCAGUUCUCUGACAUUGGUGCUCAUGGUUGCUUCUGCAGCCAUUGGAGGUACUCUUCAAUAUGGCUACAACCUGGCUAUAAUGAAUUCUCCCACAGCUUUUAUCCAAACCUUUGUCAAUGAGACGUUCCUGGAGCGCUGGGACAUUCAGUUGGAGGACUACCAGGUGACUCUGGUCUGGACAAUGAUUGUCUCCAUCUUCUCAUUGGGGGGCUUUGCAGGGGCAAUUAUCGCAGGACCCAUGACCAUACGCUUUGGGAGGAAGAAAUGCCUGCUGUUGAACAACAUUUUCCUCAUGACUGGUGCACUCUUAGCUGUGACGAGCAGAGCUGCCAAGUCUUUUGAGAUGAUAAUUAUUUCACGUGUUCUGGUUGGAAUAAACGCAGGGAUCAGCAUGAAUGUGCAACCUAUGUAUUUUGGAGAAAGUGCACCAAAGCACUUAAGGGGGGCUAUCUCCUUGUCAUCAGCUGUUUUCACAGCAUUUGGUGUUGUGUUAGGACAGGUGGUUGGACUCAGAGAGAUUUUGGGCAGUGAGCCAUGUUGGCAGUAUCUUCUUGCCAGUAAUGCCAUUCCUGGCUUCAUUCAGCUCCUCACCCUGCCGUGGUUCCCAGAGAGCCCCCGAUACCUGCUCAUCGACAGGGGGGACAAGGAGGCUUGUAUUAACGCUUUGAGGCGGCUGCGCGGCUGUGAGGUCCAGAACAGCGAGCUCGAUGAGAUUCUGCAGGAACAGGUUCAAACCAAAGGCAUGAGGCCCAGCCGACCCUGGGAACUUUUUACUGAUCGCUCGGUGCGCUGGCAGCUCAUCUCUGUCAUGGUCAUCAGCAGCGCCAUGCAGCUCUGUGGUAACGACUCA